AUGAGCAAACAACAAGUCCUUUUCAUUGGCGAUCUAAACCAUUCGCUUCCUGAAUUCAAAAAGUUUCAACAAAAGUAUGAGUGUCUCGAGUACACUUUGACCACGAGGGAUCAAUUUAUUCAAGAUUUGAAAACAAGAUUUUCCCAUAUCAGUGCAAUCUACGGUGCCUGGCUCGGAUUCGUUCCAAUAUCUGGCCUAAGAACAGUUAUCGACUACGUACCACCUAGUUUGAAAGUUGUGGCUUUUUGCUCGGUUGGGUAUGAUCAUCAAGAUGCACAAGAAUUAACCCAACGAGGGAUUGCAAUGACAAAUGUUCCCAGUGAUGGUGCAGCUGAGCCGGUUUCCGACUUGGUUGUGUAUUACACAAUCACUGCGUUCAGACAAUUACACAUGUAUGCGAAACACCAUCUUCUGACUAUUCCCGACACUAUAGACUUAAGAUAUAAGCUUGCCAAUGAAGAAUUCAACACAAGGGAAGGAAAAUUGAAUUUGAGUCUGGGGAAGGGGUAUGACUUUGGUGAGAAAAUCAACCAGAGACCAAAUUUGAGUCCUAGGGGCCACAAUGCUGUGAUUGUGGGCUUUGGACAAAUUGGACAAUUGAUUGGGAAAAAAUUGAGUCUGCUUGGAAUGAACAUUGCGUACGUGAAGAGGGCACAGUUGACUACGAAACAGGAGAAUGAUUUGGGGUAUAAAGCCAAAUAUGCGCCAACAAUUCUUGAUGCAGCAAAGCAAGGACAAGUCGAUCUUGUUGUGAUUGCAUGUCCAGCAACUCCCGAGACUCACCAUUUAAUCAAUGAGGACGUGAUUGACUCCAUUCCCAAUCCAUUUAGGAUUGUCAACAUUGGGAGAGGCACUGUCAUUGACGAGCAAGCCUUAUUGGAUGGAUUAGACCGGGGCAAGAUUUUGUUUGCAGGAUUGGAUGUGUUUGAAAAUGAGCCUGCAAUUAAUGAACGUUUAAUCAAUCGUGAGGAUGUGGUGUUGACCCCACAUAUUGGAGCCAGUACUUUGGAGAAUUUCGAUUAUACCGCAGUAAAAGCGCUUGAAAACAUUGACAAUAUCUUGGACGGAGGGGCUGGUGUUAGUAGAGUUAACUAG